UCCGGCCGUGUGCGCUCUGUUGUCCCCCAGCGAGAGCAGCUCAGCCCCCAUUCACAUGUUAAUAAGCCCCUAUAAAUACUAACAACAGCCACUCAGCGCCAGCAGCACGUCUCACUAGGAUUGCACAAUAAACAGAGGGCGCCUCGCCUCGCCUGUGAGUUUGUCGAUUUUUUUUUCUUCCUGUAACCGGUUCCGUUUGCCAGCUGCCCCCUUUGCUGACGGAGAGACGCAGCAGUGGGAGAAGCCACAGACGCGGCGAUCCGACCAACAUGGCCCCCUCGGCUCGGCCCAGCAACACCGGACUGGAUAUGGAAGAGGAUGAGUCCUACUAUGGGAUUCAGAAAGCGGACAGAAAGACCAGGAAACCUCUGGUGGAGAAGAAGAGGCGAGCUCGCAUCAAUGAGAGUCUGCAGGAGCUGCGGUCUUUACUGGCAGACACAGACUUUCACUCCAAGAUGGAGAACGCAGAGGUGCUUGAGAUGACCGUGAAGAAGGUGGAGGACAUACUGAAGAACCGAACCCAAGAAACAGACGCACUCAACCGAGAAGCCAGCGAGAGGUUUGCAGCCGGCUACAUCCAGUGCAUGCACGAGGUCCACAUGUUCGUGUCCAGCUGUCCUGGCAUAGAUGCCACAGUGGCAGCGGAGCUCCUCAACCAUCUCCUGGAGUGUAUGCCCCUGAACGAGGACCACCUCCAGGACGUGCUGAUGGAUCUAAUCACUGACACUUCUGGGAGUAACGGCAGCACUUGGCACGGAGGCGACGAGACGCUCUGCACGACCCUGGCUUCGCCUGGAGGGAGGAGUCUAUCCAGCGGCUCGCCCUCGGCCCUCUCCCCGGCCCCCUCCACCACGUCCAGUGAGGACCUGUGCUCCGACCUGGACGAGACCGACAGUGAGCACAACCAGAGCUCCAGUGAGGGCUUGGAGAACAGGGAGGCGAUGAGCAUGCCCACCAUGACCUACCCUCGGUCUAUGUGGAGACCUUGGUAGGGGUGUGGAUGGAGUGCAGUUGGGAUAUGUUGAAGCAGCUUUCUUCUAAGAUGUGACACCAGGCCUCUUACUGAAAGGGAAAAUUCCACCCUAUGGCACUCCAUAAAUAACCAUUUUCGUUGGUGAAAUAUAUCUGGACUUAUUUACCUCUGCAGUUAACUGGCCACGUGCAUGGAUUUUUAUUCUGGAUUCCCCACAUUGAAUUUCAAUAAUCAAACCCUCAGAGUCCAAUCUGUCCUCUGGCAUCACUUUUGUGGAGGGACCAUGGUGUUGGCCUUUCUCUCCACCAACAUCUGAAGCAACACGUUUGACUCCUUUCCUUGGUGUUCUGGGGGAUGUAGGAAAUCACUCAGUGAAGAAGAAGUUUAAAGAUCUCUGCUCAAGUGCUUUGGAUAUCACAGAAAAGUGUCCCACGGGUGGAGUUUUCCUUUAUCUCAUUAGAGGGGCCCUUCCUCUUAAAGGUCCCUCCAGCUCGGGGCCUCCUGAAAGCGUUCCCCCUCUUUUCCUUUUCAGUAGUGACUCCCUGGCUUUGAGUCCUCUGUUGUGACUGUUCUUUACACCUGGAGAAAGACGAGAAACAUUCACUUAUAACCCAACAAAGGACAGAGGAGGAACAGUUCACACUUUUCUUGUGUCAGUAACUCAGUGUAUAUAGGAUUUGUACGUGGAGAAAAGCUCUUUUAGAAACCGAGAAGUUCGGCAAUGCCUCUGAUUAAUAUAAAUAUUUCUAUUGUAUUUCAUAAAGGCCUGUAGUUUAUUGGACCAGUAGCCUCCUUAAGAACGACCACUUUAUUGUUGUAAUGAUGUUUAGAAAUGUCAGUAAAAUGUCUGAAUUUGAUAAAUAAAAUACUGUAACUGAAAA